CAGGGAAAAGCUGAGAAAGGACAGAGAAAAAGCCUCAAGAUGGUUGAAUUCAGAUGGAUUAAAUUGUUUUUAUUUCUAAUAAAGAUGCUUCAGUUUAAAGCAGUGAAUGGACAAUCUUCCCCCAGCUUUGUUGUCAGAGUUGGAGAUGAAGUCACUUUGCCUUGUGAAAAUAGGAGACAUGUUCAGGACAAAUGUAACGGUACUUAUUGGAUCUUCAGUGAUUCUGGAAGCACGUUAUCGUUAUUGCUGGUGGACCUUGGGAAGAUUGUUGAAAACGCCAAAGCUAAAUCAGACAGACUGAGUGUUACGGAGAACUGUUCUCUGGUUAUAAAGAAGGUCACAGAGGAGGAUGUCGGCCGUUACACCUGCAGACAGUUGGAAUCAGAACGUGAAGAUGCUCACGUUUUCCUGUCUGUUAUCCACAUGACUGAACAGAAGGACGCUGAUGAGGUGACGUUACACUGCUCUGUGUCGACAGAUGAUCAUUGUAGACACACGGUGGAGUGGCUGUAUGAGGGGAAAGAUGAAGACAUAAGACACACAGAUAUGCAGAAAUCCCACUCUGAGUGCUCAGUUAAUUUGACAUUUCUGACUACUCCUCUCAAACUGAAGCCAAAGUAUCAUGAGUUGUUCAAGUGUGAAGUGACAGAUGCUGAGACUCAAAAAGUGCAGCGGUUUCCCUUCAGCCCUCAGUCCUUGGGUGCGAAACCAGAUGAUGAACCUGAAAUAUUUUUUCUCACCACACAAUUUGUUUGCUGUUGUCAUUUCAUUUGUCCAGGUUGGUUGAGGUUCAUCAUUGUGUCUGUGGGUUUAACAGUACUCAUAAUAACUGUUGUGGCGGUCUAUAUAUGGACAAGAGCCAAAGGCAACAAAAGUCAGAUGGAUGGCAAUGAUGAGCAUCAUGAUGAAGAUGAAGGUACAGUGACCUAUGAAAACGUUGGAGAACCUUCGGUUUCUAUCAGACUCCACUGAUCAACAACUUCAACAUCAACUCACCAGAAAAAUGAGUCCACUGCACUGAAACACCAUCUCAAGAUCAUGUUGGGUUUUAUAUGGCUGAAUGUUUUUUAAAACUGUAGAUGUGAAAAGCAUCUGUCAGAAUGUUAUUUGACAUGUUUCUUAUCAUAUUAUCAUUCAUGUCGUAGCUUUUCCUAGUUUGCCUUAGUUGUAUCAAUGUUUGUACAGAAGAACUAAUCUUUAAGUAACUUUUCAUUUAGGGUUGAUUUAAACAUGUUUGGUGAAAGUCGAAUAUGUUUUUCUAGAUUUUGUAGACUAAAGUUGAAUAAGCUGAGAGUUUUAGUCAAGUCAGUAACUGUCUUCUCUUUAUUGUCACUGAUAAUACAAUGCAGUCCGUUAAUAAAUAUGUUUUUGGUACCGCAAACAAGUUUCUACAUAGACCUUCUGGCACAGACAUAGUAUAAAUGUGAAGUUUUUUUUGUUAAACAGAUUAUGUUCUGUAAGAUAGAAACUAACUGGGCCUCUCCUUAAGGUUCAGAAAUUCAAGGAAAUCAAAAGCUGAAAGAGAGAUGGUGAUAUGCUCCUCCUACAAACAUUCAGCAACUGUUAAAAGAGAGACUUUGAGGAAGUAACACGUCACUCAUCACAGGAAGUAGAUUCUUUAUUUUUAACAUGCAUCAGUUCAGUGUCUCUGACAGUUGACAGCUGAGAAAGGGACAGAAAGAGAGAGAAGCACGAUGGCUGAAUUCAAAUGGAUUAAAAUGUCUUUAUUUGGGAUGCUGCUUCAGUUUACAGCAGUUACUGGACAACACCUCUCCACUGUCAGAGAUGGCGAUGAUGUCACUUUGACUUGUGAAAAUGUGGUAGAUGGUCAAGUUAACUGUGACUGGACUACCUGGGUCUUCAGAGGUUCAAGAAGUGAGGACGUAGAUCUGGUUACUGGUGGGAAGAUUGUUGAAAGAGACAAAGCUAAAUCAGCCAGACUGAGUGUUAGAGAGACAUGCUCUUUGGUUAUAAAGAAGGUCACAGUUCAGGAUGUUGGUCUUUACCACUGUCGACAGCUCAAACCAGGACAAGAAGUUGCAGACACUCAGAUUGAACUAUCUGUUAUUAACAUGGAGGAAUAUGAAGAAGUUGGGCGGGUGGAGCUGUCCUGCUCUGUGUCGACACGUGAAGUGUGUAGACACACAGUGAAGUGGCUGUAUGAGGGGAAAGAUGCAGAUGGAGAUAUAAGAUACACGGAUAUGCAGACUCCACAGUCUAAGUGCUCAGUUACUGUGACUUUUUUUAUUUCUAAUCUCAAGCAGAAGUAUCAAGAGUUAUUCAAGUGUGAACUGACAGAUGGUUACACUGGAAAAGUGCAGCUGUUUCCCUUCAUCCUUCAGUCUUCAGGUAAGAAACCAGGGGAGGACUCAA